AUGGAGCCGAGAGUCGCAGAGCUGAAGCAGAAGAUUGAGGACACGCUGUGUCCUUUUGGCUUCGAGGUUUAUCCCUUCCAGGUGGCAUGGUACAAUGUACUCCUGCCUCCAGCCUUCCACCUGCCCCUACCAGGACCUACUCUGGCUUUUCUGGUACUCAGCACACCUGCCAUGUUUGACCGGGCCCUCAAGCCUUUCCUGCAGAGCUACCAUCUCCAACCACUGACAGACCCUGUGGACCAGUGUGUGGCCUACCACCUGGGCCGUGUUAAAGAGAACCUCCCAGAGCUGCAGAUGCAAGUUAUCGCUGACUAUGAGAUGCACCCCAACCGACGCCCCAAGAUUCUGGCACAGACAGCAGCACACGUGGCAGGGGCUGCUUACUACUACCAACGACAGGAUGUGGAGGCUGACCCUUGGGGGACCCAGCACAUAUCAGGUGUGUGUAUACAUCCCCGAUUCGGGGGCUGGUUUGCCAUUCGAGGAGUGGUACUGCUGCCAGGGAUAGAGGUGCCGGACCUGCAACCCACAAAGCCUAUUGACUGUGUUCCUACAAGAGCUGACCGCAUCACUCUGCUUGAAGGCUUCAAUUUCCAUUGGCGUGACUGGACCUACCGGGAUGCUGUGACACCCCAGGAACGCUACUCAGAAGAGCAGAAGGCUUACUUUUCUACUGCGCCACCCCUGCGCUGGGCCCUGUUGGACUUGGCCAUGCCCUCAGAGCAGCUUAGCCCAGUAUCUCCUGAACGUCUUCCCCUUACUACAGUCAUCCCCAAGCCCCAGAAUCCCAGCAGAGUACGAGGAUGGCUUAGUCCCAGAGUCUCACCAACUGCAUCUCCUGGCCCCUGA